CUCUCAGCCCUAUCACUUGCCCUUCUGCUCUCUCUCUCUCUCUCUCUCUAAGAAGGAGAGUAAAUUUUCCAAUUUCAGUGAAAACCCAGAAAAAAUCUCAAAAAAUCGAAAAAAUAAAAAAAGCCCAUACCUUCUCUGGUUCUAUCCAUCCAAAUGAAACCCUAGAUUUUCACCCAUUCCACGCCAUGCAUCCAUGAUUCUUCUCUGAACACCAACCCUUAUCGUCGCCGAGGAGGAGAUCGUCGUCUUUGUCAUGUAUAAAGACCGAGGGAUUGGUGGCUCCAAGACGGAGGUGGGACCUGUCGCUCGGAAGCGGAUCAACGAUGCCCUUGAUAAGCAUCUCGAGCGAUCUUCUCCCUCUACUUCCAGAACAAUCAACGGCAAGGAAUUUUCGUCUCAGUCUCUUCUCAUGGGGAAGCAACCUCCUGAUCAUAAGGAUCCCCUCUCCAAAAACAAUGCCUCUGAUGAGGAAUCUGAGACGGACAGUGAAGAGUCAGAUGUUAGUGGUUCUGAUGGGGAUGACACAUCUUGGAUCUCAUGGUUUUGCAAUCUGCGAGGAAAUGAAUUCUUUUGUGAAGUUGAUGAUGAUUACAUUCAAGAUGACUUUAACCUCUGUGGGUUAAGCAGUCAAGUUCCUUAUUAUGAUUAUGCACUUGAUCUGAUUUUGGAUGUUGAAUCCUCUCAUGGGGAUAUGUUUACAGAGGAACAGCAUGAGUUAGUAGAGUCAGCUGCAGAGAUGCUGUAUGGACUGAUUCAUGCCCGAUAUAUAUUGACUAGCAAAGGAAUGGCAGCUAUGAUGGACAAGUACAAGAACUGUGACUUUGGGAGAUGCCCACGAGUUUACUGCUGUGGACAACCCUGCCUUCCUGUUGGUCAAUCAGACAUUCCUCGGUCAAGCACUGUGAAAAUAUGUUGCCCCAGAUGUGAAGAUAUAUACUACCCGCGAUCCAAAUACCAAGGUAACAUUGAUGGAGCCUACUUUGGAACAACAUUUCCUCACCUGUUCUUGAUGACGUACGGGCACCUCAAGCCUCAAAAGCCAUCACAGAGUUAUGUUCCAAGAGUAUUUGGGUUCAAAAUACACAAACCAUGACAGUGGAAGUUCUAGCUUAUUUGGUUAAGAGUUUGCAAAGGUGAAAGUCGUGCAAAAGGCCAUAAAUCUGCCCCUGCCUCCACUACGAAAGAACCAGAAAAAUAAUGGGGAAAAAUUGUUGUCAUAUGUUCAAGGUAAGGACCGUAAAGAAAAUGUGGAAUUAUGUUGGGCAAGUAGUCUUCAAAUAUUAGUUCCCUAAGUAGCUAUAGCUUCUUUUCGUUUCAGUUUUCAAAGUGGCAAAUUUGCAACUUCGUUUUUCGUCUAGAGUAAUUUCAUGAAUUGCCAUAGAGGCUUCUUUGUACUUAAUUAGCAUCAGAAUGAUAUUGGCAGUCAAACUUUGUCCGGAAAUUCUAUAAUUUAGUUAUAUUUGGCGUUCUCUCUCUUUA